GUCAGGGCCAGCAACCACCAUCACUCGCUCUCUCGUGAGCCUCUCGGCGUAAAUAUAUUUCUACUACCUUCUGCUCCAUUAUUCGGAUCUGACUGCUACACUCUUUACCCCCUCUUUGCCCGCCCUGAUACCCUCUCCGUAUUUUUCGAUCCGCGACCCCGCCUAUCGGGACACAACGUCAUAGAUCUCGUUCCAUAGCCGCUCAAGAAACCCACCGUGUUGUACUCUUGUCAUAGCUCGAGGACGAAGCAGUUAGGCUUAGGCUCCUAUAUUCUCUGCUGCGUGAACCUAGUUCUCUAGAAGUGCUUUCCCGCCGGCACAAUGUUUGCCAGUAAACGUCUGAGCAAGGAGCUGGCUAAGAUGCACGGCCACCUACCGCCGGGGAUCGAGAUUGCCAAAGCAGAGAACCUCGAAGAAUGGCAGAUGGAUAUCAAAGUUCUGGAUGACAACCCUCUCUACAAGGAUCAGACCUACCGGUUGAAGUUUACCUUCAGUUCCAAGUACCCCAUAGAGCCACCGGAAGUCCAAUUUAUCGAACUCCAACCCAGUUCCGGAACGCCGCGGCCUAUUCCCAUCCAUCCGCAUAUCUACAGCAACGGAAUCAUCUGUCUCGAUCUGCUGAGUUCUGUGGGCUGGUCUCCAGUGCAGACAGUAGAGAGUGUCUGCAUGAGCAUACAGAGCAUGUUGACCGCAAACACACGGAACGAGCGACCACCGGACAACAAUGACUUCGUGUCCUACAAUCGCCGAAGGCCUCGCGAUAUAAAUUUCUACUAUCAUGACGACAAUGUUUGAUGUCCUGUUAUGCUUUGAUGCGUCUUUCAUAUUUAUACAUUCAAUGACGAGUACGAUGGGUUUUGGAUGAUCUUCUCUCAUGCACCUGCGGCAGAAUUCGUUUCGGUCGUUCCGUGCCCACUACAUUUGCAUCGGCGCUAGACUGGGUUCGUUCGAUUGGCUCUGGUGGACAGCCUUUGCUGAUUUCUAUAUCUGCACUUUCGGACUGUUUGCAUGUUCCUGUUUCCCAGACUGUUUUCCCUAGCAUGGCCUUUUUCCUCAUUCCCAAGAGAUGAUAUGAAUUAUAUGAAUUCACAUAUUCCCGA